AGUUGACUUAGUAGGAGGGGCGGGGCUAUGGACUGGAGUGUCGGGCUGCACUGUACAGCAAGGCGUGGAGGAAUCACCCGCCGGGUGUACUGACCCCAGAGUGACACCGGUGAUUGGCUGCACCGCCCUCUUCCGGGCACAGCCCACAUUUGGGAGAUUCCGCACGCGCUCCCCGCACCCUCUAUGCAGUUGGGGAGAACUGGGAGCGGGCACUGGUUCUGCUGCUGGCAUGGGGAAAGCGGCGCUGCUCACACUGCUGUUGGCCGCAGUCUACACUGUGCAGCGAUGCGGCAGCUUCUCCCAGUCCGUGGACAAUGACUUCACCUUCACCCUCCCCGCCGGGCGGAAGGAGUGCUUCUUCCAGACCAUGAAGAAGGAUGCCACCCUGGAGAUAGAGUACCAGGUCCUAGAUGGUGCAAGUUUAGACAUUGAUUUCUACCUCUUCUCUCCAAAUGGAGACCUGGUCCUAUCUGAGGAUCGUCAGUCAGAUGGCGUCCACACGGUGGAGACUGUGGAUGGAGACUACGAGUUCUGCUUUGACAACACCUUCAGCCGUAUAUCAGAAAAGGUGAUCUUCUUUGAACUGAUAUUGGAUCACAUGAAUGACGGUGAAGAGCAAGAAGAUUGGAAGAAUUACGUCAUCGGCACAGAUCUCUUGGACAUGAAGCUGGAGGAUAUACUGGAAACCAUCAACAGUGUCAAAGCAAGAUUGGGAAAAAGCCUCCAGAUCCAGACUCUGUUGAAGGCCUUUGAAGCAAGAGAUCGCAAUAUCCAGGAGAGUAACUAUGACAGAGUAAACUUCUGGUCCAUGGUCAACUUGGUGGUGAUGGUUGUGGUGUGCGUCACCCAAGUAUACAUGCUGAAGAGCCUUUUUGAGGACAAGAGGAAAAGCAGACCUUGAAAGUCCUUUAUCACUUGUGAGGAACUUGGCCAAGACCAUGGGGAAAAUCAACCUAAAUGAAUGGACGGGGGCUUUUAUAAGAGCUGUGAUUUGACAGAUUCAACAUUUUUAGUUUAAAUCCUGGUAUUUCUUAUGUCUCUUUUUUUUUUUUCACCUAGUUGUA